GCUGAUUCACCACAGCGCUGCCCCUGUCUGUCUGUGUCGGCAGCGUCACUCUAUUUAAAUUCAUUCAGUCGUCGCUGUCGGCAUCCUCUGCUGCUGCCUGAGAAGUCAUUUGUUUUUAGCCCGAACUACAGAAAACACUGGACUAAGUGUUUCAAUUUGAUUUUAACUCGUACAUACAGGGAGGCACAUUCCGCUUCAUCAUGAAUCUGAAUGCAGAGAAGCGGCGUGGCAGCAUGUCUGUGGUCCCGAUCAAGAAUAUCGAGAGGGAGCUGAUCUGCCCAAUCUGUAAGGAGCUCUUCACCCACCCGCUGAUCCUGCCCUGCCAGCAUAGCGUCUGCCACAAGUGUGUCAGGGAGCUGCUCAUGCUAAACCAUGAGGACUCUUUCGAUGCUGGCUCUGAGUGCUCCUUGCCCGGAAGCCCCAAGUCCAGGGUGCCCUCUCCCUCCAUGGAGAGACUAGACAGGCUUGUGAGAUCAGGUGGGUCUCGUGGUCCUCGGAAACGAAGUGGAAAUUCUGGCUUUCAUACUGAGAUAAAUCCAGCACUCCUCGCUUCCCCUGUCCCCCAAAAACGCUCCAUCUCGUCCCCAGGGUGGCGCAGAGGCUCUGUGACUCCCCGGAUCACCACCAUCCCUUGCCCGGGCUGUCAGCAUGACAUUGACCUCGGUGAGCGCGGCAUCAGCAUGCUGUUUCGUAACUUCACCCUGGAGAGCAUCGUCGAGCGCUACCGCCAGGCGGCCCGAGCAGCCAUCGCGAUCAUGUGUAACAUUUGUAAGCCUCCCCAGCAGCAGGAGGCCACAAAGAGCUGCAUGGACUGUAAGGCCAGCUACUGUAACGAGUGUUUCAAGCUACACCACCCUUGGGGGACACCAAAAGCUCAGCAUGAGUAUGUCGGUCCCACAACCAAUUUUAGGCCCAAGGUGCUCAUGUGUCCAGAGCACGAGAUGGAGAAGGUGAACAUGUAUUGUGAGGUGUGCAAACGACCCGUGUGUCACUUGUGCAAGCUUGGAGGAUCCCACGCCAACCACAAAGUCACAUCUAUGAGCAGUGCCUACAAGAUCCUUAAGGAGAAGCUUGCCAAGAGUAUCCAUUACCUCAUCAGCAAAGAGGACCAGGUCAGGAAUCAGAUUACUGAGCUUGAUCUACUCAUCAAUCAGACUGAGGAAAAUGGACAGCUUGCAGAACGCCAAGCUAAUGAACACUUUGAGCGUCUCUUUGAGACCCUGCAGGAGAGGAAGUCGGAGAUGUUACAAUCCAUUGAACAGUCCAGAAAUCGACGCCUUGGACAGCUUAAGGCCCAGGUGGAGGAGUACCAGGGCAUGCUGGAGAACAGCGGUCUAGUGGGCUACGCUCAGGAGGUGCUGAAAGAGACGGAUCAGUCCUGCUUUGUACAGACAGCGAAGCAGCUACACACAAGGAUCCAGAGGGCCACAGAGUCUCUGCGGACUUUCCACCCCUCAGCUGACCCCUGCUUUGAUGAGUUUGUGCUCGACACCUCCAGAGAAGAAAAUCUGCUCAAAGAGAUGUGCUUUGGUGGAGUUCCGGACCCUCCUCUAAUUGACUUGUCCAACAGCAAAGUCUACAACGAGGCCUCAAUCUGCUGGAGGCUGUCUGAUGACCACUCACCCACAGAUCACCAACUGCUGGAAUACCGCAGACUCUGGGGUCCGAACCAGUCGCAGGUGGACGGUGAGGACAGUGGUGCCUGGAGGUCCACAGACAAGGUGUAUGGUUCCAGCACUGUGGUGUGUGACCUGGAGCCCGACAGCCAGUACGCCUUUAGAGUACGAAGCUGCAGGAACUCCAUGUUCAGCCCCUACAGCCCUGAAGUUUCCUUCCACACUCCACCCGCACCUGCUUUUGGUUUCCUGUUCAGUGAUAAGUGUGGCUUCAGUACAGAGCGCCUCAUCCUUAACAAGAGACGGGACACUGUGGAGAACGUAGCCGGCAUGGCUUUCCUCCUCGCUGCAGAUCGCGUGCAGACGGGUAGCUACAUCGGUCUGGACUACAUUAUUGGGGACACGGGCAUCACUCAGGGAAGGCACUACUGGGCCUUAAAGGUGGAACCGUACUCCUACAUGGUUAAAGUUGGAGUGGCCUCUGACUCAAAGCUGAUUGAAUGGUUUCACAAUCCCAGAGAUACCAGCAGCCCAAGGUAUGACCAUGACAGUGGGCAUGACAGCGGCAGCGAGGACGCAUGCUACGAGCUGUCCCAGCCCUUCACUCUCCUCACCCUGGGCAUGGGCAAACUCUUCAUCCCCAAAGCCUCUUCAUCUUCCUCUGUUUCCUCAGCAAGCGCAGCAUCAAACGACCCUGGCAACCGUGUGCUACCCAUGCCACAGCGUUUGGGUGUAUGCCUCGAUUACGAUGCAUGUCGUGUGUAUUUUUACGACGCUGACACCAUGAGGUGCCUUUAUGAGAGGCAGGUAGAGUGCUCGGGAACAAUGUUUCCAGCUUUUGGCCUCAUGGGCAGUGGCAAGGUGCAGCUGGAGGAGUUUAUCACGGCUAAGAGGCUGACUUUUUGAGGAGAGACUGAGUACGAUGAUGCACUAGGAUUUGUGCAUCUGUUAAGUCUUUGGCAUGAUCUGUGAAGAGUUGUUUUUAUGGACAGGGUAAUGGAGUACAGUGCAAACUGUUAUUCUUAAUGUACAAUGAGACCGGUGUGAUCAGGGUGUUUGGUCCUAAUUGUGAAAAUGGGAUCUUGAGUUAGCAUGUUUAAGGUACAAUCCACACAAAAGAGCCUGACACUAAAUGUUGGUGUCUAUAUACAAAGCAGAUAGUCUGUGGUAUGUGAAAAGACUUCUCUACCUACCAAAGUCUCUGUAUCAGUUAAUUGUAUUUACCUGCUUUUAAUUACCAGCUAUUAUCAGCUGUUUAUGUAGUGGAAAUGGCUGCAAAGUUAGCCUGCAGCUACUUAAAAUCUUAAUUGUUUUAACAUGAAAUGCCUUGGAGCUUACAGUGACACUUCCUCUUUUGCCAGGUAUACAUUUAGAAAUAAUUUGGUGUGCAUAAAUUAAGUAAUCCAUUUGUUUUUUGGCUCUUCUUUGUAACUGUCUAAACGUAGCAGCAUAGGUUAACGUGUAAUCUUGGAGGACCUGAGAGCCUUGUAGCUACUGCGGAGCUAGCGCCUCUGUGCCUUUUUUUUUAGGAAAUGGCUCACUUAGUUUGCUCGAGCAGGCAGAUGUUGGUGUCAUUGCACAAGCAUUAUAGAAAUAAUUAUCAGCAUAAAUACUGUAUGUGAGUUUUUACUGUAGUUGGAGUAUAAUCACAAACACUGGUGUUCAAGUUGUAACUGCUAUAUAGUCUUCAUCAUGACUUGUUACUUAUUUAAUCUUCACUUUAUCACAAGAAGCACUACUCUUCCUCCUUUUCACCGUUUUGUUCAGCUGUUUUUGCACAACAUUAUGUAAAAGAGCAUCGCACAUGAUACAACUCACAAUCACCUUUUGAUCACAACUCAGUAAUGAUAAAGACAAAAUGAACACAUGAUGUCUUUCUCUCACUUUCUCAUUAACUUUCACCCUUCACUAACACAAUCAUGAAUCCAGGACACGUUACUGAUUUCUAAAGCCUCUCACUGUUUGCACAGCACUGAAUGUGACUUUGAACAUCAUUCAACCAGCUGGGUACCACAACACCGUUUACUUGCAGUCAACAUCAUUUUGACGGCUGCAGAGUCACUUACAGCCAAAGUGUGUUGGUUCUGGUGCUUACUUAAGUGCAAAACCCAUCUGUGUGUCCAAGCUGCCUAUAGACAGUUGGACAACAAGUAACACACACUUAUUCAGGUUCCUUUGACAAGUGCUAUCACGAAACACACUGUUCUGUACUUUUUUUACUAUCUAAACCACAGUUUACUUGCAAUGCAGACACAUAAAGUGUAGCAUGUCAGAGGUGAACAGGCUGUCGGACAGACACCUUAGUGACUGACUGGAUCUGAUCAAGGUAGAUCAUAUAUUUAAGAAAGAGCACAUUAUUCAGACUGAUGGUAGGCGACCACAUUUGUUUUCUAACAGACAUAUACUGUAUAUGUGCCUGCACCUGGGUUUGUUUGUACAUUCACGUAUAGUUUGAUUUCUGGAGGGUUAGGGUAAUAGAUGUGUGUUUUCUCAGGUUUCUGGUCCUGUGAUUGGGGCCGAUGCUACCUACCUCUAUCCGUCAGGCCUGGAAAACCUUAACUACUGUACCUUUCCUCGCAGAAACAACUUUUGUUUGAGUUGCAGUUUUUUAUCCGUAACAAUUAAGUUCAACAUCUCUGCCUUCUCUUUAAUGUCAGAUAAUAAGCUGAACUUUCCAAAUGUCUGAUUCAAGUCCCAUGUACAGUACACAUGAAUCUAGAGUAUAUCAUUUUCAGAGAAAUUCAGUACAUCUUAAACGUUUAUGUUAACAGUCAGUGUUUGCUUGUAGACUUAAAAGAUGUGUAUCGCUAUUGGUGAAAUAUAACUGUAAACUUGUAACCCUGUUCAGCUGCCUUUUGUCAGGGUUUUUCAAACGGUACUAACAACCUUUUCUUCAUCUUUUUUUUGUGGUGUUUGUUUUGGCUAAUCAUGUUCGAUGGGACACAUUGUGGGAUUUUUUUAGGGUUCAAAACAUUUAAAAAUUCAUGCUCUUACAUCUAGCUGUGCAGUAACGUCUUUUGAAAUGAGCUAUUGGAUUUUGUGACUGUUUGCAUGUUUGUCUCACGUGUUGGUAAUUUUUUUCACUUCUAUCCUUAAAGCUCACAUACCUGUAUCUUAAACUGACUGUUUCAACAUCUUUAAAGCACCUCUAUGCAUUUAGAAUGUAUUCCUGUUUUUUACAGAACAAACAGCUGAAUGUUUCGCUUUCUGUUUGGUUUUCUUUGAUUCUUUUGUUACACUUGGGGUCACAGCACAGUUGUAUGUAGUAAAAAUAAUCUGAUAAAAGGCAUGCAAUCUCAUAAUCCCAUCUGAUCUCAAAUUAAAAAAUCAUCCCAGCCUGCUUUUCAGCCAUGAAUUUAGAACCAAAUAUUCAGCAGGCUGGCUUUCAAUUUAAUUCCAAGCUAGCACUUUAAAAAUCUGUAGCAUGUCAGCAAAUGUUUGGCUCUGCAGGUGUGUAUGAUAAAUGUGUGGGUGCAAUAUUAUUGAACAGGCAGUAGAGUAGAAGUUUAGACAAGCCUGGAAAGACAACUUGCACUGCAGUUUGUUUAUACUUUACUUUGUGGAUUUAAAUGAGCUUUUCCUGAUAAUGAGUGAGAUUUAAACACUACUUAAUUUGUGAUUUUGUUUCUCAGUAACACUCAUUGUUUCUGAACUCUUAAUAAGUGACAGUGCAUUUGUCCCUGUGUGUUUUCUCCAGAGGAUUUGGAUGUGGUGUGUAUGUGGUGGGUGUCUGUAUGUGCAGUAAAGAUGUGGAGUUAUUGUUUUUGCUCCGAUUCCUGGAAAUGCUACACUUUCUUUGCUGUGUGGGGUUUCAAUAAAUAAAACUAAUGUGUUUUUAAAUCUA